UGCGGGGGCUGCGCAGCGUGAGUGAGCGGUCCCCCAGGGAGGGAUGCCCCGAGGGUGAGGGCGAGUGCAGGAGGUCCCUUGCAUUCCUCCUUCGGAAUGGCCUCCCCGGCCCCAGCAGGACCGCGGGUUGGAGGGGAGAGCAAGGGGCCUCUUGGACAGUGGAAGCGCUUUCAGCAACAGAAUGGCUGGACAGAGGCUGCGUCCCCCCCGCAGCUGCCGGUCCUGGGAUCCCUGCCCGCCUGGGCAGCGCUGGGGCACAGCCACACGGAGCCUUGGGCCAGGAACGACCCCUUGCCGGUGGGGCCUGUGGGACUGCAGGGCCUGGGGUCUGGGAGGCGGCCUUGUCCCUGCCGCUGCAGCCAUGAGCUGAGGUCUGUGUUGGGAGGGUGAGCCCCAGCUGAGGUCUGUGGGGGGAGGGUGAGCCCCAGCACCUGCGAACGGCCACCGUUCUCUGCCCGGCUCCUUUUCCUGCCCGUCUCUUUCUCCCUCUGAGCAAGGACCACCAUCCCGUCAGCCGACCGGUCCUCUGGCCCCACCGGGCCUUGGCGUUUGCUCCUCCCUCGCCGGGAGCUGCUGCCUCUGCUCCUCCAGGCCCAGGCAGUGCAUCCGUUCUGGCAGGAGACUGUGGUGGGACUCACCUGAGCUGCAAGUUCUGCUUCCCAAGGGAGGGCUGUCCCCGGCCUGCCAGCUGCCCUCCCCAGAAGCUGAGCUCAGGAAGACGGGUACCAGCGUGUGAGGAAGGGGCCCCAGAAGGAGCGCGUGUCUGCGGGGAGAGGGAGCGCUAAGCCACCACACCAGCUGGGCAGCAGUGCUGAAGGGGCACCCGGCUUCCCCGAUCGUUUCUUUUCCCUGUGGCCCGAUCUCCCACCCCCAUCUCACCCUGUCCUGGAGCCAGCCUUCGGGGAGGCUGGGCAGGGAGCGGGGUCAGAAGGCGUCUGCCCCAGGCCUGGGUCCUAGGGCCUGUCCUUGGAGGGACCACACAUGCCUGGAGAGAGGCUCCCGUGGCCGGCUCCAGGUGGGCGCUGAUGCAGAAGGCCCAAGGAGGACCCUGCCACAUGUUGCAGGGACCCGUGGGUGCUGUGCACACCCUGCCUCAUCCAUCCCUGGCGAAGAAGAGGGGGUGCUCAUGGCUGGCUGGUUUGUGAGGGGGCCACGUAAGCAGCUCUUGCAGGGCGUGGCUUGUGGGUUUGGGAGACAGACAAAUGGGCAGUCAGACAGAGGCGUGGACAGGAUGCCCUCUUUGCUGUCUGCCGCCCAGGCCUCUGGAGGUAUUCUGGGAUGGGUCUAAGGAAAACUCAACAAUUCUUGAGCAAAUAAUGCCCGGGCAACCAGCUCCUUGCAUUUCAUAAGGGCCGGAAUUGCCAUCCAAAAGGUUAUUUUGGGUGACUGUGGUCAGUCAUCAUUCCAAAGCUUUUCCCUAAACUCAGAGCCAGGUGUGGCCUCCAGGGCUGAGGAGCCUGAGAGGUGGGACUGGCAGGCAGGGCUGUGGCCCCAGCGUGGCACGGAAGCAGCCAGGAAACACUGGCUCUGGGGGGCUGUGGUGGGAGGAGGUCCCCUGUGGACCGAGGCUUUUGGAGGCAAUGGACAGUAGGUGUCUCUUAGACCCCUGCAGGGGCACACGACCAGGACCACAAGGGGCCCACACACGCACAGUGGCCCGGAGCCAACCAGCAAACCCCAGGACCUUAGAUGCAGCCUGGCGAGUGAGUUAGGAUUGCUCCGGCUAGCUGUGUGAUCACCCACAGUGCCAGAGAACAGUGCCUCGAGACCACAGUGGCAGCUGGCUUACUUCUCGUGUGAACAGGAAACCCAGAGGUGGGCGACCCUCCAGUGGUGUGACGACUCCAUCUGUCACCACAGCCCCGGGGUCCCGCCUUCCUGCUCCUUGGGCUCGCGGCUCUGUGCUUGAGGCAGGUCUAAGACAGGCUGGAGUGCGGCCAUCAUCCCAGCACUGAUGGAUAGAAAAAAAUGAAGCUGGGAUGAGAAACGCGGGGCUUUCCCUGGCAGUCUGGCCCUGUAUGGAGGCCCCUUCCCAGAGUGCGUCCACUGGCUUCCUCUUCUAUCUUGCAGCCACACCUAGCUGCAAGGCGGGAAGAUGUCACAGGUUUGAAAGGGCCGAAAAGAAGGUUCAGAAAUGAAAACUAUGACAAGGCGCUUGCCAGCAUUAGCUGCAGAGUGGACAGAGAUGAGGAGAUAAUGUGUGAAGUGGUAGAAAAAUGAGAAGAGAUUGUUCAGUGUGCAGGGCAGAGAGAUGGCGAGAUGGGAGCUGUGAGGAGAGCCGGGUGGCCGGGAGCCUCCCGGGGGCAGAUCUGUGCUGAGGUUUUGCAGGGAUCGGCUGGCUGUCUCCGCCCCUGCACGUCCCGGCUCCUUCUCAGCUCACCCUUUCUUGUUGUGCCAUGACAGGUGGCUGCCAUGCACAGCAAUGCUGUUGAAUCUCACAAAUUAACCUGAAAAGGCGUGAGAAGCUGGGCACACGCAUGAAUUGUUUAUGUAAAGCUCAGAAGCUGCACAGCUAAAGGGCUCAGUGAGGGAGGCAUCAUAGGUGUUGAAGCCUCAACGUUGUCUGUGCAGGCACGGCCAGGCUGGUGGCACCUCUGCCAGGAGGGCAGGGGGUGGGGGUGGGGCCGCGGGCUGAGAUCAGGAGGGAACAGGCAGCCAGCUCUGGAGGCUGGCAGAGCGAGGUUUUGUUUCUUCCUAUAGGACGUGGUGACUUAAGACUUUAGAAUAAUUUGUGAAGCUCUGCAUUUAUGUUUUAGGCAUUUUAUGUAAAUAUUUUAUAUUUCUCACUAGUAAAAAGUUUAAAAGAAUACACCCACGGGACAAUCUGCAAUGAUACACGUUCUAUAAAGUUCUUCUCAGCUUUGUUUGUGUGAAAAGCAUUAGUGCUGUUUGCAGAGAGAAGCUGAGUGAAUAAGUUACAUGAUAGCCACAAGCUGGAAAAAUACCAAGUGUUCAGCAAGGGAUGAGUGUGGGCCACCGCUCCUGAUGUGCACUAGAAAGAGAGGGCUGCGGAUGAUUCCUUGGUGUGAUGUGUGAAAACACCCGGGCCUCUACAUGCAUGGGUCUGGGGAGGCCCCUGCGUGUCCACGGGCCCACGCCCACCACCACCACCACGGUGCUGCCACAGGGAUGCUCUCUGGGGGGCGGGGUCAUGGGAGAUUGCAUUGUAUUGUAUUUUUCCUUUCUGCUUCCCAUUUCUCGGAGACAAAUCUGGUUGCCAUGGAGACCAUGCUGUUGUCAAGGUGGCUGAUUGGCCGGCGCGGGAUGCGGGGACGUUUCCUUGGGCCCCCGGCGGGCGCAGCCCUCAGCCCGCACUGCGGAGCCAGGCGGCAGCAUGGACCGGGCUGGGGCAGACAUGUGGGCCAGCACCUUCACCCUGGCCAUGGCCGAGAGGAAGCCCCAGGACGUCUGGGUUCUGCUACCUGAGCACAGCCUGGUCCCGGGAUGCCUGGACGGCGGUGGUGUCCAGUACCUGCUGGUGGGGCUCUCGAGGCUCCAGUGCGGUCACUGUCCGGGGACCUGGGACUCGGCCCAUGUGCACGUCCUCUUCCACCUGUGGUGGGACAGGGCCGGCCACCGGGGGCUGGUGAAGAUGCGCAUCUGGGGCCAGCGGUGCAGGCUGUGCCCCGCACCCGGGGACUGCCAGGUGAGGCCCCCGGGCGAGCAGCCCUUCCUCAGCAGGCUGGUCUUGCACAUCCUGCAGGACUGCUACGGGGAUGGCCCCGGCCCAGCCCGGCACCCCAGGGAGGCCUAUGAGGGCUGCUGUGAGGCCUGUGAGCUGGGGGUCUGCUUCCUCCAGAAAGCCCCAGACCCUGCCUGGAGCGCCAACGCCACAAAAGGCAACUUCCCCGCCACGGCCUGGGGUGGCACUGGCACCGUCUCCAGGGGCAAACCGCUGUCCACCCCUGGCGACGACCUUGGCAAGGGUGGUGGUGAUAUCGCCAUCCCCUUCUCCCUUGUGGGCACCAGCAAUGACCAGGUGCCCAUCGCUGAGGGCCCUGCCCCCCCUGCGGGGGCCUCUCUCCCUGUGACCGGCAGCCGUGGGGCCCUGGUCAUCGGCCAGGGCUCCAUCUUCCUGUCUGGGGAUUCUGUGGCCAUGCCUGGGGGCAAAGGCUUCCCGGUGGCCAUUGGAGACCCCCUCUUCCACGGCCCCGGCCUCCUCGGCAGCAGCAUCCAGACCUUCGAGCUCAAGGGCUUCCUCUUCAAAGGCCGGGGCUCCCUCUGCAGCCCGGUUGGCGUGGCCCAGGGCUGGGGCCCCAUCUCCCUCAACAAUGGCCUCGUCCCUGUGGGGAAACACACGCCAACCGUGUUCUACUGUGUGGGCCUCUCGGCCAGCGGGGAGGGCUCCCUCACCUUCCCCUCCUCCCUCACCAGCAUCUUCACCAACACCCUCUCGGAGCCCACCGAUGGCCCUGUGGCCACUAAAGAGGCCUCCAUCACCUUCCCCUUCAUCUUUACUGAUGUCAAGGAUGCCGUUGCUGAGGUGGCUGAAGGCAAUGGGAAGGAAGGAGGCGGCCAGGGCCUGGUCCCAGUGGGUCACGACGCCCUGCCAGAGACCAAUGCUGGUGGCCUCCCCUCCCAGGUCAAGGGCUCCCUUGCCCUCUCCUUCCCUGCUGAUGUCCAAGGCAAAGAUGCCUUUACUGACAUCACUGAAGGCAAAGAGAAGGAAGGUGGCCUGGUCACCGCGGGUCACGACGCCCCUCUGGAGGCCAAUGCCGAGGGCCCCAUCACGGUUAGUGAGGGCUCCAUCACCAUCCCCGUCUCAGUCUUCGAUAUCAUAAAGCGCAAGGGCGGUGGCCACGUUGCCUACGGCCCCCAGGGCAAUGGCUGCGUCUCCCAAGGCUAUUACCAGAAGAGGCAGCUGAGGUCCAGGUUCCACAAGGCCCGCUGUGGGUGCCGCCGGGAGGAAGACGAGCGCCCUGGCCGUGCCUGCCGUAGGCCGCACGCCGAGCCCUACGAGGACUUCUGGAUCUGGGUGUCCAUGACCGUGUGCGUCUUCUGGCUGAUGUGCAUGUGUCGGCUGAACCCCGGGAUCUACCCGCAGCAAGUGUGACGCCCCGAAGUUCAGGCAACCCUCGCCUCUGGGACCCCGCCUCGCCUCUGAGACACCCCCCAACCCCGCCUUUGAGAUGCCCGCCCCGCCUCCGUGGCCCCGCCUCCACCUCCGAGACCCCUGCUUCUGAGACCCCCGCCUCUGAGGCCCCGCCCCCCGCC